CUCCGAGAUGAAUUUAAAUAAGCAGACUCAAAUCUUUGUCUCUUACACCUUGUUGUUGUGUUAAGAAAAAUGUCAGACACUGUUUAUAUCGAUGCCGCAUUGCCUUCAUCAAAACCAUUUCAAGUCUAUUUCUUCAUGAAAAACAAGUAUGUGAGACUGUAUUACACUCCCGGAACAUCAGGUGAUGAACUUCUGACUCCUCUGGAAUUAGUUAGUACUGGUUUUCCAUCACUUGCAGGAACGCCAUUUGCACAACAAGGAAUAGACUGUUGCUUUAACACUGAAGGAAGUGAAGCAUAUAUCUUCUCCGGCAAGAACUGUGCCUACAUAGACUAUGCUCCAAACUCAGGAAACGACAAGAUCCUUCAAGGUCCUUCCACGAUUGCUGAAAUGUUUCCCGACCUAAGAAACACUGUGUUUGCUGAGGGCUUGGACGGUGCAUUUAGGUCAACCAUAGACAAAGAAGUUUACAUAUUCAAGGGAGAGAAGUAUACUCGCAUUAAGUAUGAUACCAAGUUGCUUAACGAAGACAUUCGUGACAUCACCAAAGGUUUCACUGUUUUGAAAGGUACGAUCUUUGAAAAUGGAAUCGAUGCGUGUUUUUCUUCUAAUGUGGAGAAUGAAGUUUACCUUUUCAAAGGAGAUGAGUAUGUGCGUAUGAAAGUCACUCCACAUGCGGGUAAUGACGAACUUGUGGGUAAUGUCGCUCUUAUCGUUGAAGGUUGGCCACCCCUUAAAGGAAUUGUGCCAGUCACCGAAUGAAGGGAUUUACUCUCAUCAAUAUGAUGACCAGCUUUAAAAAACAUGUUACAAAUAAGGUUUUCAUUACCAAAGUUUGUUUGUUUUUCUCUUUAAUAUGUGUAACAUUAGGAUUAUUGGAUGCUUCUUACUUUUCCUAAUGUAACAAGUCUCUGGAUGUUUCUUUUCCUUUCUGUGAGUGGUUGUUUCUUUCCCAUCUUCAUGUAAUUUGUGUGCUUAAUUAUAAAUGUGAUGUGUUGUUUAUUUCUUUCUGUA